AUAGGUUCAGUUUCGUUUUUAGGAAAUGGAGAGAUUAGCUUAGAAGCCUAUUCGCUGCUGAGCUGUCUGCACUCAUUCAACAUCUCUGGCAGGAACGGGACACAAAUGCGAGAUGAUGGACAGAAGCAACUGGAUUUCAGCCUUUCUGAUGCUAUGGCUUAUCAUUUGUGUUGGCUCCUCUCCCUUCUCAGUGGUUGUCCAUAUGUCAUCAAAGGUCGGUCUGCCAGCCGUUCUGCCGUGUUCUGUGGCAUCUCACCUGGAGUUUGAUCAAACGCCUCAUAUUCAAUGGCACACCUUAAGCUAUUCAGUGUUUGAGCGAAUGGGACCAGAGCAGUUUCAGGGGGAGGCUUACAGAGACCGGGCAGAUGUCCCAGAGGAGCUGCUUGUGAGAGGAAACUGCUCUCUGUUUUUGCAGGAUGUCAGAUUCAGUGAUGCAGGCAUCUAUGACAGUUACUUGGUGUAUGGUGAAUCAAAUAUCAAGAACCGAAUUUUCAUUCAGAGUGUCCAUCUUGCAGUUAUCGAUCACAAGGCCAUCAAAUCUGUGGAAAUUGGGGCAGACCUGAUCCUGGAUCUGUACACGUAUCAAGCUGAGCAAGUGAUUUUUCAAAACAGUAAUGAAACUGACUGGACAGUUCUGUGGGAGAAAGAUGGAGUCAUAAACAAGAAAGGUCAUCUGAAAAAGAGAGACAACAAGUUGAUUCUCAGCAGGGUUACGGCCAGCAGUGCCGGAACAUACAAAAUUCUUGACUCAGAGGGUCUGGCUCUCAGCACAGUGAAGGUCAAAGUUACAGAACCUGUGCUCACAAAAGAAACAGAAACUCUGCAAAAGCAGUCUGCAUUAGGUAAAGCUACAAUGAGUAUGCCUUCUCUAAACCUCAUUGCUCUUUUCCUCACAUUUAAUCUAAUGCUUCAAAUGAAUUAAGAUUGUUCUGAUUUAAAUUGUAUUUUUCAUUUAACUUUAACUGAUCUAUUUUAGCCUAUAUAUUUUAGCCUAUAUUAUGGGUCAUGUUAGGUGGAAAUCAAUUGUGAGAAGCAUGUUGUUUCAUAUACUGAAUUUCAUAAGUCUGACUUGGCAUCUGUGAAAGCUCACUAAUGUU